AUGCGUGAGACAUAGGGAAUAGCAUAAAAUAGGUUAAACCCUCAACUCUUCUCCACUCUCCACUUAGUUACUUUCACUCACACUCUUAACCUAACAUCCCCAACACGUCGUCGUUUUACGCCUCCUAUUUCUCAAACUCAAUGUCGGCCACUGGUGGCGCCGCUAUAUCCGGCGGAAACCGCACCCGGAAUCGCCACCUCGGAGAUAAUCGAUUCUACAGCCCCCCGCCCCUCCGCAAACACAGGGAGAAGCAGCACCACCCCAACCACCAGUACCACCACCACCACGACCCGCCGCAGAGGUCCUCGCUUUCCAGAACCUCGUCGGAGAACAGGCCCGGCUCCUCCUCCGAUUGCUCGAUUUCUUCGCGCGCUACAUCUGACAUCUCCAAUUUGGAUCGCUUCUUGGAGUACACCACUCCCCUUGUUCCCGCCCAAUAUCUCCCCAAGACAAGCUCUAAGAAGUGGAAGCCAACGGAGGCCGAGUUACAUCCAUACUUUGUGCUUGGGGACUUGUGGGAAUCUUUUAAGGAAUGGAGUGCAUAUGGGGCGGGUGUACCUCUGAUGUUGAAUGGGAGUGAAUCCGUGACGCAGUAUUACAAUGUUUCCUUGUCUGCCAUUCAGCUCUACAUUGACCCAUCAAAACCUUCUUCACGGUUAAGGAAGCCUAGUCAAGAAAGUGAUUCUGAAUCAGCAAGAGAGACAAGCAGUGAUAGCAGCAGUGGUUAUUGUCAUGAACGAGGAACAAAUAGCAUCCCUAACAUUAGGAAUCAUCUUAACAUAUCAGAUGCCAACAAUCAUGGUCUGGAAAGGGUGUCAGGAAGUAUGCCUUUUGUGAGUUCAUCUAGUGAUGAGACUCAGAGCUGCAACCCACCUGGUCAGAAAAUAUUUGAAUACUUUGAGCGUGAGACACCUUAUAAUCGUGCUCCAUUAGCAGACAAGAUUUCUGAUCUUGCACGUCACUUUCCAGAGUUAAAGACAUACUGGAGCUGUGAUCUCUCACCUGCUAGUUGGGUUUCACUGGCUUGGUAUCCAAUAUAUAGAAUACCUACUGGUCCAACGCUACAGAGCCUGAGUGCCUGCUUCCUGACCUACCAUUCCCUGUCGACGGCUUUGCAGAGUCCAAAUACUGAUGGGCUUCAUAUCCAUUAUUCAAGAGGUAGGGACAUAUCAUCAAAGUUAUCCCUGCCAAUCUUUGGGCUUGCUUUUCACAAGUUCAAAGUUUCUGUCUGGGAUCCUGAGGGGGUUUCCGAAUGUCAGAAAGCCAAUUCUCUGAUGCAAUCUGCCGAAAACUGGCUCAGGCGAUUGCGUAUUGAACAUCCUGAUUAUAAUUACUUUAUUACCCGUUGUACAUAUCUGAGAUGAGCAAAGAUAUAAUUUUUUCUUACCUUGUUUUUUAUUUCAAAAACAGAAGCUGCCCAGCUCCUGCCUAAUAUACUGUGUUGUCCAUUAAUUGAACAGUUAUUUUUCCGGAAGGCUAUACAUAAACUUUAGGAUCACUUGUUUUCCUAAAAUAGUACAGAAGGGUUUGUGCCUCUUUAAGUAUUUCAGGAAAAGAGUAGGCAUUGAAAUUUAUACGUUCUUCAUUUGAGGAUGGUCUACUUUUGUAGUUCUGUUCUUCACAGGAUGUCAAGUCUUUUUAACCAAGAUUUUCUUCUUUUUUGUGGCUUGUCUAGAUCAUAGGGUAAAGAGCCAAAGUCUAUGUAAAAGAACUUAUUUCACUUA